UGCGUACAUGAAUGUGCCACUCCUUUUUACGAUGCGUCUUGACGUAUACGGCAAAGACGUCGUCUGGAGGUUCCCAGCUAGGUUCCUUAAAAUGUAAACACAACAGUUGAAAGUGUGUAGCAUUGUGCGCUCGACAGACUACAAACAAGAUUUCUCUGUCGCUCUACUCCCGUUGUGAUGGGUUCUUCACGGUGGUCAAAAUGGAAAAAGGGAACGACGAGGUUGAGAAAUUGAAGUCAAAGUUUAUGUCUGCUUGGCACAAUGUCAAAUACAGCUGGGCGCUGAAGUCUAAAACCUCAUUUAGCAGAAAUUCUCCUGUGUUUCUGCUUGGGAAGUGCUACCAUUUUAAAGUUGAAGAUGAAGAAAGCCCCACAGACAACAGUAGUUUUCAGUCCACUGAGAAUGAGAUUGUCACGGGAGAUGUGGAAGCCUUCCGGAAGGACUUUGCCUCUCGGGUGUGGCUGACAUAUAGGGAAGACUUUCCUGCUCUCUUUGGGUCUGCCCUUACUUCAGACUGUGGCUGGGGUUGCACCUUGAGAGCAGGGCAGAUGAUGCUCGCUCAGGGCCUGAUCAAUCACUUCUUGGGAAGAGACUGGACCUGGUCAGAGGCUCUGUCCCUGCAGCGUCUGGAUGCAGAGACGUGGACCAGCACUGCGGCGCGUAAGCUGGUGGCCUCUCUGGAGGCAUCUCUGCCGGGAGACAGACCCGUGGCCCCCCAGCCCCUCCCCCAACCCCAUGGAGGGGCAGAGGAGGCCCACACCCAUCUGAGGGAGGUGUACCACCGAACCGUGGUGUCCUGGUUUGGGGACGGCCCCGCCGCCCAGCUGGGCGUGCACCGGCUGGUGGAGCUGGGCAGGACGUCAGGGAAGCGGGCCGGGGACUGGUACGGCCCAGGGGUGGUGGCACACAUUCUCAGGAGAGCUGUGGACGAGGCCACGCAUCCGGACCUGGCAGCCGUCAGUGUGUAUGUGGCUCAGGAUUGCACAGUCUACAAUGCCGAUGUCAUCGACAGCCAUGCACCUCGGUCAGGGGGCCCCCCAAAGCUGGCCGGGGGGGUGGUCAUGGACACCAGGGCGGUCAUCAUCCUCAUCCCCAUUCGCCUUGGUGGAGAGAAGAUCAACCCUGACUACUUCAAUUUUGUCAAGGGCAUCCUCAGUCUGGACUACUGCAUGGGCAUCAUAGGGGGAAAGCCUAAGCAGGCGUACUACUUUGUGGGAUUUCAAGAUGACAGCUUGAUUUACAUGGACCCUCAUUACUGUCAGUCUUUUGUGGACGUCAGCACGAGCGAUUUCCCUCUCCAGUCAUAUCAUUGUCCGUCACCAAAGAAGAUGCCUUUCAACAAAAUGGACCCCAGCUGCACCAUAGGCUUCUACUCCAGAACGGUUGAGGACUAUAACAGAAUCAGCGCCGAGUUGGCAAAGGUCCUGAAGCCUUCAGCCAAGGAGAAGUACCCAGCAUUCACCUUUGUGAACGGGCACGGGAAGGACUAUGAGCUGGCGGGCCCCAUGGAGAAGAAGGAGUGGCCCUUCAUCAGGGACACCAGGCGGCUUGGGGCCACAGCUGGGGACUUUGUGCUGCUCUGAGUGAGGGGCUUCCACACACACACACACACACAAACGUAUACAAGCACAGAGGGACCACAAUGCAACUAUGGACUUUGUGUAGCUUUAAGCAAAUGGACAGAAUACUCCUAUCAUAUCCUGACCCCUCAGUAAACACACACACACACACACACACACACACACACACACACACUCUCUCUCAUACUCCGACUCGGACACGGACUCGUACUUGGACAUACAGAGCAAGGACCGCAGAAUUCAGCAGCAUCCUGAGUUGAGAACCUACCAACACACAGAAACACACACUCGCUCUGUUGCGCGCACACACACACACUGACGUUUAGACAUUAACACACAAACUCACAACCUCACUUGCAUUCCCUGCAUAUGUCCAGUACAUUUCCCCACAAGCAAUAACGUAUUCGAUGGAACUGAAUUUGUCAUUUAGAUGUUUUUUUGUUGGACUGUUAUGGUGUUUAAUGAAAACUGUUUGAUGGGCAUAUUUCAAGCCUGCUCUCGGUAUAGAGAGACCAGAGAGACUGGGGAGAAAUGAAGGGGAGAGGAAAGUAUUGACAUUUCCCUGAACUGAAAGCCUUUUUUUAGUCUGGACAGGUGCCUUAACUGAACAGUAAGAGAAGUGCUUUACCAAAUCCAUUGUCUCUUGAAACGGUGAUGGUGCUGCUGUUGAAAUGCACAUAGCAACUCUGGUACAAGACCUUACAGUACUGUAGACUAGUAGAGAAGAUGAUAUGCCUCCGUCCCUAACACAGUGUGUUCUGGAAAGAAAUGCAGCUCAUUGAAUAUACUGGUUGCCAGAGUAAGGCCAUAGUCAAUUCAUAUUGGUCUGUGUUGAAACACCUACAAGGUCUUGUUGAAUUGCAGAUCAGUGUAGUAUUACUACUCUGCCAGUUUCUGGUAGGAUAUGCAGUACAUUUCUGUGUGUUUGGUGUCCAUUUAUGUUAAAUCAGUGGUAUCCUGCUGUUGUAAAAUGUUGAGUGUACAAGACUGUGUUUGUAAACAAACAAAAUGGGUUUCAUUGCCAUACUUGUUUUAAUAUAGUAGGAGUCAUAUUUGUUUUGUUACAGCAGAAGUGUUGUCAGUUAGCUUUAGAAAUCAGAGUAGUACAUUCAUUGGCAUAUUUUAUUUCUACAAAAUCUUGUACAUUUUGUAACAUUUCAGUUGACAAGGGAAAUAUGUUGUAUUUACAGUUUUCAACCUAUUAUUGUGAAACUCCCAAAGUUCUUUAAAUGAAUUUCUUUUUUUAACACUAGAUUCCUCUGAUCACAGAGUGCAUUUGGUUUACUAACUUUAUAGCAAUGGUUCAUUAACACUUUGCGUUAUUGUGGUUCAUGAAUGAUUUCCACUGAAGACGAGCCCUCUAAGGUUCUAAGAAUGUGUGCCUAUUAAUAGCACUCUAAUGUUAUUGUACUGAUACUAAUCAGGCAUUUCAUUGCUCUGCUCCGCCAUAAUAGACCUUGUCUGUUUAAUAGUAAUUUCACAAUAAUGAACAAUAAUAAAAUUAAAUUAAAUGUA